AUGGUUCCACUCGUCGAAAAACAAAUAUCGAUUGAUUCUUCCUCGACGUCAUCAUCAACAUUCAUGACUUCAGAUGGACUCAUCGACGACAACGGAUCCUAUCAAGAAUCGAUGAAAACGAUAAAAAAAGGACAGGCGAGUUCAUUGUCGAGAUGCUCAUCGUUGAAGAUUACACCUGUCAUCACGACUACUCAGAAUACGGGAGAAUUGGAGAAAUCGAUCUCAACACAAUCGCUUCACACCACUGCUCCAUCCACGUCUACAGGCUCCGCCCCCUCUCUUGUCCGCCACAAUUCGACACCGAUUUUCCGAUUCAAAGUGUCGCCGUCGAGCUAUAAGCCACCGGCUCCGGCGCCAGUGGCUCCUCUAGAAGCUACAGUAAUCCCUACAGUAAUCCCUAUGGAGACUACAGUAACCCCCGAGAGUACUGUAGAUGUUACCCCAAUCGAUCAGAUGCCGUCGACGUCGUCAGCAUCAGAAGACGUCGUCAAGAAAGAAGAAUCUGACGAUGUGGUGAAGAAACCGAAGAAGUCGUCGUUGAGAGAGCCUCUGGUAGAAUUCCCGCAGAGAGAUGAUUAUGGAGCCCCCCGCCCCCGGAAAAUCCGUUUCUCGGGUCUCGACGUGCACUAUUUCGACCGUCUCCAAGGCAGUCUUACUGUACCAAAAGAGGGCUGCGUGACACUCGCAAUGCACCCACGUCAUCACACUCAUCGACACUUCUCCCUUGCGUCGGGACGUCGUCCGCCACUGAAUUUGGAGUUAUAUGAGGAUGGAGAGUUGUCAGAAGACGAAGUGAUUCAUCCAGAUGACGUCGAGGAGAUCGAAGAAAUCCAAACGACAAAACAUAUGGAUCCAAUCGAGCCGAAACAACGCAUUCAAAUUCUCAAAAAAUCCGGUGUAAAAUUGGAAAAAAAUGGGGGCGCCGAGGCGAUGAAAACCCUCAGAACGACCCGUUCGAUAUGCGGAUGCGACUGUCCGAACGGUGCGUGUGACCCUCUCACUUGCCAAUGCUCUCUCGACGGUAUCAAUUGUCAAGUCGACGGAUCCGCCCAACAUCCGUGCACGUGUCAGGCGCACCUUUGCCGCAAUCCGGAGGGGCGGAGCUUCUACGAUGAGGAGGCGGUUCGAGGAUAUCGACGGAAUGCGAUUGCAAUGUACUAUGUGUCGCAGAAGACGGGAAUUCAGGGGUCGCCAAGGAUCACCAAGUUUGUUGAUAGUGAUGAGGAGGCGGAGCAAAAAGGGGCGGAGCCUCCUACGAUGAGCCGCAACAAGAUGAAAAAACUGGAAAAAUCGCCUCAAAAAUAUCCGGUGACACCGGUCUACGCCCGCCGCCCCCGUUCGAAUCUAUCGGAUAUUCGAGAGAGUUUGAGUGAGCAAGCCACGCCCACUUCUUCCACAUCGACGUCUUCUUCUAUUCUGACGACGCCGUCGACGUCUUCAACUACUUCAACACUAUCCGAUCGAAUGCGUGCAAUGCAUCAAUUGGAUAAUGACACGUGUGUUGAAGAGGAGAGAGACGAAGACGCAGACGUUGAAGAGGGACCGAUUGGAAAUGGAAUGGAUGGAGAACAGGAGGAGGAGUACGACGGGGAUAAGGAAGAAACGCUUCUAGAAGAGGACGAAGACGGAGACAUACCGAAUCUAACACUCCGCGAAGAAUACGUUGCCAAUGAGGAGCCAGAAGUCGUCGUCGACGCCGAAAUGAUCGAAACGACGGCGAUGAGUCCGGCGAAACCGACGCUCGUCGUCUAA